CUUUAUAUUAAACGUAAAAACACACACACCAUCUCAAUCUGUAACGCAUCUCAAAAUUCUUCAUCAUGCCUAGGGUUCCCUUCAGCAGCUUUAAUCUCCUUCUUGAUCUCAGGAGAGGAUACACAGUAGCAGCAGAGACUGUAAAAGGGCGGCCUGUUGCUUCCAAUAUUAGGAAGGUGGCCGAGUCGUCGUCUUCUUCUUCUUCUUCAAACAAUAUUGAGAAAAGUAAUAUUGAGAAAAGUGUAGGGAAGGAGAUAUUUUGGAUGAGAGAUCCCAAGACUGGAAACUGGAUCCCAGAAACACAUUUCAAUGACGGCGAUGCGACGGAGCUACGACAGAAGUUUCUAUCCACCAACAGAAAAUUCACAAUGCCAAAGGCAUAGCUCAGCCUCCAUAUAUAUAUAUAUAUUCUAAGGUUUCUCCUAAUAUAUGUUGUAUUUAUAGCCUUAGCUUUCGGCCUCCAACUUUGCUUGAAAUAAUAGAAAAUAAAAGUUUGUCGAUUAUUAUGAGA